AUGUCUCAAGAUCAUCCAGAUCCGGAACCGGCUCCAAGUUCCAAAAGUUCUGUUGAGGCAUCAGCAGAAGCUCCAAAAACCAGUAAAAAUGCACCUGUCUCGUACCCUGCUUUAGAAUGGGAACAGGUGAAUUCGAGCAUACCAGUGGAGAGCUUUACCAACUAUAAGAUACGAUUCACUGGAUGGUCAAGAAAGGACCAACUCAAGAAGAGACUUGAGCAAGAGUCAUUGCUCCGCGAAGAGGAGGAGCGAGCGAAAAAACAAAAAUUGCAGCGGGAAGAAGAAGAAGAGGACGAAGAAGACGAAGACGGAGAAGAAGCUAAGAAGGCCAAGUUGGACAACGAUACCGCGGAAGGAAGUGGCAAGGCGCAUGGAGACGACGCUGAUCAUGAAUCUGAAAACGAAGUUAAGCUAGAAGAAAAGGAUCAUGCGGACAAGGAGGACGCUGAUGCCGCUGAUACCGCUGUAUAUGGGGAAACAGAAAAGCGCGAUAAUGCUGGAGAGGAAGAGGAGAAAGGAAAAAGUGGCGACGAUGACGAGGCUUAA